CUCCGACGAUUAGUAUUCCGUUAGCUGGCAUGUGGUUCGGAUAGUCAGUCUCUCCAACAUACAAGUUCGGAGCAUCAACGCACCGUCGGAUCGCGGUAUCAACAACGCAAACAUAUCAACCGAUGAUCAAUAGCAUCAACAUCUCCAUUCAUAUUUUGAUCAAUUAAACCACCGCUGCGCGGGCCCGAUCAUCAGGAAAAUGCGAUUCUGAGCGCACCUCGUGGUCCAAUCAUCGGAAAAUUCAGAGAACUAUGGUGACUUCUCGUGCGACUUUAUUUUGCUUUUCGGUUUUUCUUUACGUUUCCGUUGAUGCCAGGACCUGUAACCACUUCCAUCCUAAGCAUAAUGAGGUUGUCCACGGGGUCCACAUAGAGUCACAUCAUGCGAUGCGAAAGAGGAGCAUCGAUCAGUCCUUGAGGAUCCUCUUGUGGUACGACGAAAGCGUCUACAGAUUGAACGAUACACAAUUUGAAUUAAUUAACAACACAAUACUACCGCAAGCUGUACAGUAUUGGGAGAAGGCACUAUUUGUCAGGAAAGUGGAAAACGUCAUUCGGCUUACUAGGAAAUGUAACGAAACCCAGGUCUUCGUCAAGGAUUCCUUGACCCAUUGCAUCGACACAUGCAAGGAAAAGACCAUGUGUGGUGAAGUUGAAGUACCUGAAUCACACUUGGACGCUUGCAGGGUUUGCAAUAGUACUGGACAGAACUGUGGUAUACGACCUGGAUCUCAACCUGGACAAGGUAUCGAAGGCUUCGAUUUUGUCUUCUAUGUUUCCGCUUCUCAGACGGAAAGGUGCAAUAAAUCUUUGGCAGUAGCAUAUGCAGCUCACUGCCAACAAGAAACAGGUCUAGAUAGACCAAUAGCAGGACAUGCGAAUUUGUGCCCUAACAAUAUAAGCACGAAACCGCAAGAACUGGAAACGCUGCUGUCGACGGUGAAACACGAAAUCCUUCAUGCCCUAGGCUUUUCCGUCAGCCUGUACGCAUUCUACCGCGACGAGAAGGGGAAUCCCCUAACGCCGCGCAGCAGGGACACCGGAAAACCUACCCUCAAUGAAAGACUGCAGACGUACCAAUGGAGCGAAAGAGUGAUAAAGACGGUGACGAGGAGUAACUGGAUGGUCAGGUCAGGUGUGAUGGAGCGCGAGGUGCAGAUGAUCGUUACUCCACAGGUCGUGCGUGAAGUCAGGGAGUACUUCAACUGUUCACUGCUCGAAGGUGCUGAAUUGGAAGACCAAGGAGAAGAAGGCACGGCACUCACGCAUUGGGAAAAACGUGUAUUCGAGAAUGAAGCUAUGACUGGUACCCACACACAAAAUCCGGUCAUCUCGAGGAUAACUCUCGCACUGAUGGAGGAUACGGGAUGGUACAAGGCGAACUACUCCAUGGCGGAGACGCUCACCUGGGGCAGGAACCUGGGCUGCGACUUCGUGAUGAAGAGUUGCAAAGAGUGGAUAACCACAAAGUCCGCGAGGGGUAGGUCAAUCCAUCCUUUCUGUAACAAGGUGAAAAGGAAUCCCCUGCAGACUGAAUGCACGGAUGACAGGACCUCCGUAGCCUUGUGCAACCUGGACAAGCACUCCGAAUUCCUGCCGCAGCUCUACCAGAACUUCGACAAAAUAGAUUACGUUGAGCCAGGAACCGAGGGCUUUUACGGCGGAUCAGUGUCCUUAGCUGAUUACUGCCCUUACAUACAAGAAUUCAAUUGGCGUUCGAACGGGACCAUUGUCAGAGGAUCGCAUUGCCAGUUCUCAGAGAACAAUCCGCAUCCCGACAAGAAUUUUGCCUUCGAGAAAUACGGCAAGCACUCGAGAUGUUUCGAACACUCGAACAAGAUGUGGGAGGAAAGGUCUUGCAGGGAGAUGAAACAGUGGCAACACUUCGGCUCAGGUUGCUACAGCUACAAGUGCGAGAAUGGCCGCUUACACAUCAAAGUGGAGAACUAUACUUAUACUUGUUACCAUUCGAAACAAGAGAUAGCCAUUAGGAUCUUAAACAACGAAUGGCUUCACAAAGGUGCCAUUAUUUGCCCUCCUUGCAGGGAACUGUGCCAGGAUGAAUUCGAAUCUAGGGGAGAAUCGUGCAAACCAGGCGAGGAGCCGUCACCAUCGAACUACUACCCAUACGAUGAGCUGCAGUGCGAUGCUUCCUUAUCUGGUGUUAGCAGCACCAUGUUCAUCUUCGUGCUAAUUCUCAUAACGAGCGUUAGGUGAUCAUUGAUGUGCUGAUCCCCAGCAUCCAAUCUUCUCACAUGCAUCCCUUGGCCUUGUUUUUACAUUUAUUUUAUUUUUUUACCAAAAAAAAUAUAAAUGUUUUCCCUCUUUUUAUUAUAAUUUCUCUAUCUCAAUCACAAGUGAGCCAAAGGCAAACGUAUAUCAAACCUGAUGUGUAAACUAUCAAAGACAAUUAAAGACGAAAAUGCUUAUAAUUGCCGUUGCCUCACUUCGGUUUUUUUCAGUGCGCUUGUGUUAACUGCAGCUAAGUGUUCUCCAAAAAGCAUGUGACUUCGUUUAAUCAAAUCGUUUUUUUCUUCUUCUUUCUGUUUCUUCAGAAUUUAUUGUAGAAGGAAACAUGGAAUUAAGCAGCGCGUUAGGUACAUUUAACUACGCGCCGCUAGGUUCUUCUGCAAACCCUAAAAAACAAACCAUAUUCAUUGUAUAAUUGUAUAUUUUUUGAAAGAAAAUAAGACAAAAAUGAGAAAGUAUUUUUUUGGAAUCUUUAUAAACUAUUUAUAUCUUUAUCAAAAUUCUUAAAUAUGGUGAAAAUACGCCUCGAUAUUUGAUAUCAUCCUGGAAGCAGGCAACUCCAUUUCCACGCCUGCAUCUUUUGCAUAGACCUCGGAAGCGGCAACGAAUCGAUAGAUGGACGACGAGCGAAGAAGCAGUUUUCUUCAAAAUGAGACUUUUCCCUUGUUCAAUUCACUCACUACAGUUUAUUGAUGUAUUCUGUUUAGACCAGUGGCUCCAAAUAUUACUAUCAAUGUAGAUAACAAAAUUU